CGGCCUUGUGCCUUGCUGCCUCGUUCUCAGUCUCGUAGAUUGUGCCCCCAGCUCACCACUUCAGUCGCCCGACUGUCCUGCAUCGCGAUCGAUUCAUCUCACCCGGAAGAGUCGUCCCAUUGGCCCGAUGCAGACCCGACUUCGUCCUCGACAUGCCUCCAGACCCUGAGAAAGCACUCUCUCCGACCAGCUCUGGGGGUGAGACGUACGCCUCGUCUUCCGAUGGCGACUCGGUUCACUUCGAGGCCAUCAGAACCCGUACUAAUCACAGCCGUCGGUCCGUCGACACCCAGCGCCUCGACAAUGAGGACUUGUACGAGACACUUGGCCGCGCCCUGACGCCUGAUGUCGCGACCGAGGCGGAACGCCAAGCACGGGAACCCAUCACCUACACCAAGACGGGCACCAGCGUCGUCAGCACCGGCAGCGCAGCUUCUCGCCCCCCCGAGUUCGAGGUCAUCUUCGAGGAGAAUGACGCGGAAAACCCAAAGUACUGGCCGCUGUGGUAUAGGUGUUGGACCAUUUUCGUGGUGUCGUUUGCGACUUGGGUUGCGACCAUGUACAGCACCAGCUAUACGUCCUCCACACCUGGCUUGAUCGCCGAAUUCGGUACCAGCACGACCAUUGUGACCCUGGGCAUGACGACGUAUCUGCUAGGUCUGGCGGCGGGCAGUUUAGUCGUUGCGCCUUUGAGUGAGCUGUAUGGCCGUCAGCCGGUGUACCUGAUCUGCUUGAGCCUUUGGGCAAUCCUCAUCAUUCCCUGCGGCGUCGCGCAGUCGUUGACCACCAUCAUUGUGACGCGCUUCUUCGGCGCCUUCUUCGGUGCCGUCAUGAUCUCCAACGCUCCUGGCAGCGUUGUCGACGUGUCCAACCCGGACUAUCUUGCGCGGAGCAUGUCGCUUUUCGGUGUAGCGCCUCUCAACGGGCCGGUGACUGGCCCAAUUAUCGGUGGUUUCGUCUUCCAGUAUUUGGGAUGGAGGUGGGCCAACUGGAUCGUCCUCAUCAUGGCCGGUCUGACCAUUGCGCUCAUGUUGACGCUCAAGGAGACAUAUGCACCGGCUAUUCUGAAGCGCAAAGCGGCACGAAUGCGUAAGGAGAUGGACGACCCCAGAUAUUGGUGUCAGUAUGACCAGCGUGUCUCGACAGUGCACUUGCUCAAGGUCAACCUGAGCCGGCCCUUCGUCUUGUUCGCCAACGAACCGAUCCUGUGGUGCAUGAAUGCCUGGAUCUCCAUCGUGUACGGCAUUCUGUACCUCUGCUUUGUGGCAUACCCUAUCGUCUUCUCCGAGCAUCGUGGCUGGGGGCCGGGCACGUCCGGGCUGGCCUUUAUUGGAAUCGGUAUCGGUACUUUGACGGCCAUCGUGGCGGAGCCGCUUCUGCGACGGCUCAUCAACUCGCAGCCGCGCGACCCGGAUACGGGCAAGGUCCAGCCCGAGGCGCAGGCGCUCGUCAUGGCCAUUGGUGCGGUAUCGGCGAGUGUCGGGCAGCUCGGCUUCUCGUGGACUUGCCUUCCCACUAGCAUCCACUGGUCGGGUCCCAUCGCCUUUGGCAUCCCCUUCGGCUUCGGUAACACACUUAGCUUUAUAUACGGCUCCAACUAUCUUGCCGGGGCGUACGGCAUCUACGCUGCCAGUGCCCUAGCUGGCAACGCUGUCAUCCGAAGCGUCUUUGGUGGCACGCUACCAUUAGCAGGGCCGCAGAUGUACGAGAAGUUGACACCACAGUGGGCGGGGACGCUCCUUGGUCUUCUCGAAGUCAUCACCAUUCCCAUCCCCUUCAUGUUUUGGAAAUACGGAGGAAGGAUUCGAGCAAAGAGUAAGGUGAUUCAGCAACUGCGCGAAGAUCAGGAGAGACUAGAUGCCAAGAGGGCACGGGGCCUGGCCAAGCUAGAGAAACGACGCGCAAGAUUGGCCGCGUUGCACUCACAAGCAGAGGAAGGAGAUGAUAAUGGGUGCGAGGAGCAGGCAGUUGGGGUCGGGUGCAAGCCAGACAAGAAUAAGGGAGCGGAAACAUCUGUCAUAACGACUGAGCCGGCGACGUAAACUGAUGGAUAUAAUGACAUGAGAAUUCCGGACAGUAAUACCGUAUCACGUGUUAUUUCGCUUGUACUAAGCAAAAGGGCAAGACAGAACUAUUCAUAGAAAAGAGAAGAUGCAGG